AUGAACGAAACAAGAUCCACAGACGCAGCCAUAGCAUACCUGUCACUGGAUGCGCCACCGGCUCACUUGCAGCCCGCCGCAACAAUAUGUGACCUCCCGCCUGAGCUCAUCCCACUCAUCGCCAUAUAUUUGCCGACCAGGGAUGCCCUUGCCCUUGCGGCAACCAACCGCCUCUACCAGGCCAUCCUCAACGACUCCAUCUACGCUCGGCACAUCCGGACCGAGGUGCUCGGCGACAGACCCCUCUGGUGGGCGUGUAACCAGAAGUCGAGACAUGCGGUCACCACGGCAAGCCGGGCGCUGAGGCUCGGCGCCGACCCGUCGGCCCAGAUACCCAUGGCCAAGGUGCCGGAGUGGGAUUACAACCACAACAGUCCCUUGCUCCUGGCUGUCAAGAAUGGCAACACGGAGAUUGUCGAGCUGCUCGUGAGGUAUGGGGCAGACCCAUGUGCGACGAGCCAGCGCCACACGGCGGUCACUCUGGCAGCCGAGAAGGGCGAUCUCGAGAGCCUGGCGUGCAUGAUGGGCGGUGACAGAAGAGACGAGGAGGAGGGAUCUGCCUGGGAGGGAUCUGCCUGGCCACGAGUACCCAACAGCCGCAGACUCGACGGCCUCGCGGCGCUGCACCUGGCCGCGGCCGAGGGCAGAGACGAGGUCGUCCGCUUCCUUGUUGAGCGCCGUGCCAGGCUGGACAUUAGGGACGCGGACGGGGCCACGCCACUACACCACGCCAUCCGGCACGGCCGGCGCUCGACCACCCAGCUGCUGCUGGACGAGCACGGCGCGGACCCGAUGGCCACAGACCACGGCGACAACAACUGCCUCGACGAGGCGGUGCUCGGCGCAAUCCGCGCCGCCCAGACCCGCCGGAUGGGCUUCGAGCCAAAUCUCAGGCUGGACAUUCUGCGGGAUGUCCUCGGUCAGCGGCGCCUGCGACGACCAGGCCUUCAUCAUGAUGGCCGCAGCGUGGAAAAAAGCCACCUUGCCAUCCCCGGAGACCGGGCGCACAGGCUGCUCGCGCCCCCGCAGCACAUGGGCAACAGCAUCCCCGUGCUACAGGCUCUCCUCGAGGCCGGCAUCGACGUGGACGCCCGCUCAGCCGAGGACGGGGGAUCGACCGCGCUGUGGCUGCUAGCCGGCACGCCCCGGGACAACGGGGGACCUGUCGACACCGAGCCGGGCGAGCUGCUGCUCGAUGCCGGGGCGGACAUCGAGGCCCGCGACCGCGAGCUCGGGCUGACUCCGCUGCUCCGCGCCGCGAAGGCCGGCCGGCUGGAUUAUCUAGGGCUGCUGCUGUCCCGGGGCGCCGACGUCAGCGCGCGGAGCAAGGCCGGCCAGUCUGUCCUCGUGCUCGCCGCGGCGCAGUCUGACAACGACGCCGGCGACGUCACGCGGCUGCUCCUCGACCACCAGACGCGCCGGGACGGCACGCUGAGCGACGAGAUGGCGGGCCAGCUCGACCUCGCGGACGACCGAGGGUGGACGCCCUUGCUCGCGAGUCUCGACAGGAUGCAGUUCGCGGCGGCGCAGGUGCUGCUGGACCGGGGCGCUCUGCUCGAGACGCGCGACGCGGCGGGCUGGACGCCGCUCAUGCACGCCGUCGCUCCGCCGGGGUCGUCGGCCGAGAGCGUCCGGCUGCUCUUGCGCAACGGGGCCGAGGUGGACACGGUUCAUGAAUGUAAGGAGGCUGCUGAUGCUGCUGGGGCUGGGUCUGGGGCUGCGCUGCGGACGCGUGAGACGCCGCUCGUGGCUGCGGUGACUGGUGGCGUGCAUGAGAUCGUGCGGGACUUGCUCAAAGCCGGAGCGAGCGUGCCUCUGGCACUCGAGUGCGAUCCGGGGCUGCUCGACCUUUGCAAGCACCGCAAGGACGUGGAGAUGCUUGACUUGUUGGAGGGAAGAGGCUGGGCUGACGUUGUGGAGAGUGUGAGCGAUGCUGUCGACGCAGGAGAGAGUGCCGAGGCGGACAGGGUGGACGAGUCGGAUGAGACCGAAAGCACUGGCUCGUGGGACAUCGAGCAGGACGGCGACCCUUCCACGUGGGUGUUGUAG